ACAUCUAUUGGCAAUUUUUGUUCUUUCUACAUCAGAUGUUUUGAAUGCUCUUAAAAUUUUUCUCGUGUUGAGUUGUUUUGUAUUGAUUUAAUAAGGCUUCCUAUUUUUGAUUUAAUCAUUGUAGCGUCAUGUCGAUCCUUUUCAAUACACAAAGGCGUUAUUUCGCUGGAUACAUCACCAAAAGAAUCACGCGAGUUCAAUCUGAUAUUGAAUUGACUCCGGAAGAUGUUGCCAAAGGUCAAUCUGGUCCCAAUGACUUUCCACCUUCUCAAUUAGAGAAUCGUAACCCUCGUAAUCUUGAACAGUUGAGUUUUGAGGUCAAACCUCUAGGCUGGGAACUGGAUAAAACAGCCAAAUGCUUCUGGAAUAAAGUUGUGUUGGAAAAAUUCAGGAAUCGAUACGAAGCGAAACUUAUUCACCAUUCUGGCCGCGUCAUAAUUAGAGCGUCUACUGAUGAGGAUGGAGUAGCAUCUCAGCUUAAUAGUUUAAUAGAUAUGGAAGCAGUCGAAAACUUGGGCCAGAUUUUAGCAAGAAGGUGUUUAGAAGGCGGUAUUUUGUACGCAUUCAAUGGCAUCACACCGGAACAAUUACAAUCACCAAAGACUGUUGCAUUUCUCGAUGGUAUAACCAAAUCUGGACUCAGUUUAAGAGAACCUUUAUUCAUAUGGCCAAGAAGAAGAAGGGAUCUUUAAUCAUCUCCAUCCCAAUCAUUUAGUUUACUUUUUCAAUUUUUCGCAAUUAAAUUUGCAUUUGUAUCUUUGAUUAAAUUAAUUAGCUAGAGGAAUGUCAUUAUUGAGAAAAAUGAAGACUAUUUUACAUUUCAAAUUAACCAAAAUCUAAAGAAUAACUCGUCAAUAACUCAUGCAUGUUAUCACCUGUAAUAUGAUGGAUGUCACUGGAUUUUAAUCACGUUACAUAAACACAUACAUGUUAAUCAUGUUACAAUCAUUUUGAACAAAAGGACAAAUAGUAAAAGUCAUACUCUUUGCAAAAGGGUCUGUAGUAAAGGACAAACUAAUCCAACUGUUGUUUCAAAAUGAGCCAUAAUUGAAUUAUUCAUCAAUUCUGGGUAACUUUUAUAAAAGUUGAAACGUUUUGAAAGUCAAUUUUUGCUCUAAAAAUAUCCUGAUUUAUUAAACAAUCAAAUUCUGUUAACGAUA